AGACGGAAACCGAAAGAGAGAGAGAAAGAGCGAGAGAGAGGGAAACCGAAAGACAGAGAGGCAGAUUGAACGGAUUGAAAUGCAAUUACUUUGGGAACAAAAGCAAGUUCAGGGUGUAAAGGAAUUUAGAAAGAGAUCAUGACAGCCAGGAAAAUAACAGGGCAUGAAAACAGACCUUGUGUAUUGAUGAGCAAAUCGGGAGAAUCUCAUCUGGGUCAGUAUGACAUUAUCCAUCGUGUGUACGUGCGUGUGUCCGAGUGCAUGUCCCGGGAAUGAGAGAGAAAUGCCAGAGUCUGAGUAUAUAAGAGUCCGGUUCCAGCAUGAGCAUCAGUCAGUCCGACCGCUUCAUCGGAUAACCAUGUUUGCGAAACUCGUGAUAUGCGCUGUGGUGGCCGCUGUGGCAUCACUACCUCAAGGUUCACCGUCUAGAUCCUACGGACUUCCCAGUGGAAGUUCAUCCGGCGGUUUCGGUGGAGUAGGAGGUGGACCUGGAAGUGGAGCUGGAGGCAGUGGAGGAUUCGGAGGUGGAGCUCCUGGGUCAGGCAGUGGAGGAUUCGGAGGUGGAGCAACGGGAGGAUUUGGGGGUGGAGCUCCUGGGUCAGGCAGUGGAGGAUUCGGAGGUGGAGCAACGGGAGGAUUUGGGGGUGGAGCUCCUGGGUCAGGCAGUGGAGGGUUCGGCAGUGGAGCCACUGGAGGAUUCGGCGGUUCCUCGGGAGGCUUCGGUGCUGGUGGUUCUGGAGCUGGAGCUUCAGGUCCUUUCAUUCCCAUCAUUACCGACGAUCGCCAAGGCCCCGAUGAGUUCGGAAACUACAACUUCAACUUCGAAACUGCAAACGGCAUCAUUCGUGAGGAACAAGGAGCCCCACAAGGAGAAACUGGAGCCGUAGCACAGCAGGGUGCUUGGUCAUUCACCUUCCCUGAUGGCACUCCAGCUGACUUCAGCUUCGUCGCUGAUGAAAACGGUUUCCGCGUGGAGUCCGACCUUCUGCCUACACCCCCUCCCCUCCCACCACACGCCAUCGCCCAGAUCGAGAAGGCUCGUCAGGAGGAUGCCGCCGCUGCAGCUUCUGGUGGCCGGCCAGGGUCUGGCUCUGGACAGUUCUCAGAUUCAGGCUUUGGCGCCGGCCAAUCAGGCUUUGGUUCAGGACAGUUCUCAGGAUCUGGCCAAUCAGGCUUUGGUACCGGAGCUGGCCAACCAGGAUUUGGUUCUUCUAGUGGCCAAUUCUCAGGUUCAUCUUCCUCCCAACAAGGACCCAGCACUGCCUAUGGUUACCCCUAAACUGAACAACCAUAUAUAUGCAACAUAAAUUUUGCUGCCAUUUACUGAUCCGGCGAUACCAUGAUCUCUUGCAUCAGCCUUCAUCGUAAUCACCUGUUAUUAUUUCAGUUAAGAUAUAAACAUGACGCUUAAUAGUUUUGCAGAUACGUGGUUAUAUUAAAUAUGUACCUGUGCAUUUACUUUCUUUCUCCGUGAUAAAAAAAAAAAAAAAAAAAAUCAUAUGCAUAAUAACACUAUAGUAAUAACAGUAAUUAUUACAGUCAA